ACCCAAAGGCAGAAGCUGAUGCAGAGGCCAUAGAGGGAUGCUGCCUACUGGUUUACUUCCAAUGGGUUGCUUGGCCUCCUUCCCUCCUUCCUUCCUUUCUAACUUUUUUACUGACUCUUUGUCAGUUUCAUAUCAUGCACCCCAAUCCCAUGCAUCUGUCAAUUGCUUCAUAUCCAUGCCCUGUCCUUGCAACCUCUCCACCAAAAGAAAAUACAAAACAAAAAUUAAGAAAAAUGAAAAACAAAAACAAACAAACAAACAAAAAAAAAACAAAGCAAAGCAUAGAAAACAUGUUGCUGUGGAAGCUAUGGUGUGUCUUAGUGUGUCCCACAGUAUUGUCCACACUUACUUGGAAAUGUUCAUUGCAGUUAGUGAUUGGUGUGGUUUGAGGUCUCUGUCUUCUGCUACACCAUCAAUACUGUAUCCUCCUCAGGACUGCUCUUGGUUAUCCUGUUGUUUUGUCUUGUUUUCUUAUAGAACCCAGGACCACCAAUCCAAGGCAGUACCAUCUGUGAUGGCCUCAGCCUUCCCUCACCAGCCACUAAUUAAGAAAAUGCCCUACAGGCCUUUAUGUAGAACCAGCAAACACAAUAACAAAGAUAAAACAAAAAUCUUACAUUGAAGUUGGCAAGACCAACCAACAGAAAGAAGAAAGCAUAAGAGUCAGAGACCUACUUGUUUGUAUACUCAAGAAAUCCAUGAAAACUCUAAACCAUGUAUGUGUAUGGAACAGAUCUGGUGCAGACCUGUCUUGGUCCUUUGCAUCAUGUUUCAGUUUCUUUAAAUUAUUCAAGUUUGUGGCAUACUAUAUGAAUCUUACGACUGUCAUAAGGUGGCAAUGUCUCGGGAACCUACCCCACCUCUGCCUGGAGAUAUGUCUGCUAGUCCUGUUGCGGAAAGCUGGUGCUACACACAGGUUAAAGUAGUGAAAUUUUCCUACAUGUGGACUAUUAAUAACUUCAGUUUUUGUCGAGAAGAAAUGGGUGAAGUGUUAAAGAGUUCAACAUUUUCUUCUGGCCCAAAUGAUAAAAUGAAAUGGUGCCUGAGGGUAAACCCAAAAGGCCUAGAUGAGGAAAGUAGAGACUACUUGUCUUUGUAUUUGCUUCUGGUCAGCUGCCCGAAGAGUGAGGUUCGAGCUAAAUUCAAAUUUUCUCUUCUGAAUGCUAAAAGGGAAGAAACAAAAGCAAUGGAAAGCCAAAGAGCAUAUCGAUUUGUACAGGGGAAGGAUUGGGGAUUUAAAAAAUUCAUUAGAAGGGAUUUUUUGCUUGACGAAGCUAAUGGUCUCCUUCCAGAUGACAAGCUUACGUUAUUCUGUGAGCAUCUCCAACACUGCUUGCAGAAGAGGUGGAAGCAUUGCACUGCCCUCCCUAAAGAACUGGCACCUCCCCUCCACUGCAAGUGGUGCUGUAGACAGGUGAGUGUGGUCCAAGAUUCAGUAAAUGUAUCAGGACAUACUAAUACAAACACUUUGAAGGUGCCAGAAUGUCGGCUAGCAGAAGACUUAGGGAAUCUUUGGGAAAACACAAGAUUUACAGAUUGCUGCUUUUUUGUGAGAGGAAAAGAAUUCAAAGCUCAUAAGUCAGUGCUUGCAGCUCGAUCCCCAGUUUUUAAUGCAAUGUUUGAACAUGAAAUGGAAGAAUGCACAAAGGUAAAUGUUGUUAAAAGGCUUCAUAUUAUUUAGUUUGUAUAUAUGUAUGUGUAUAGAAUACACAUAUUAAAAAUAGCUGUGCAUGUUCUUGUUCUAAAAUUAUAACAGAAGAACUUUAGAAACUGGGGGGAAAUGCAUCCUUUAAUAAAAUAGUAAAUAUUCUCAAUGUGGAUGCUCACUGAACCUCGUAAGGAACAACUGAUUUCAUGGUCU